AUGCCGGACCAAACCCCCUCAUAUUCCUUUGACGACUCCACCCUCUACCUUUUCACCUCCCUCACAGCUGGCUCCUCACAUAUCAUCACCGCUACUUCAAGAUUAGAAACUAUCCUGAAAGCCAACAAGAUCGGCUUUCGAGCCAUCGAUGUCGCCACAGAUGACAAAGCCCGAAUGUUGUGGGGACGCCGGUCAAAGGGAAGGAAAUUACCCGGGCUAGUGAGGUACGGGAACAUUGUUGGUGUCAGUAUCAACCCCCCUCCUCCCCUCCCCCUUCCCACCUGCAGGAGACGAACCCACCUUGAUGAAACGAGCCAUCCGGGAUAUAUGAAUCGUCCCAUUUGGCAGUAUGCUAAACUUGGUCAAAACGAACAGGACAUCGUGCAAAUCGAGGAAUGGAACGAAUACGGCGAACUCAAGGACCAACUUCGAGGGGAUCCGACCUCAGCGGCGCUCGCGGCGGCGGACAUCUCACCAGUUCCCUCCAGCACAAACACCCCCUCCAAUAAACCACCAUCAGCAACACUCGUUCCACCGUCCACCACCUCAUCCUCUCCACAUAUCCAGAUUGUGGGAACCCCUUCACGCACACCCUCGGCCCAGUCGAAGCAGGCAGAGCGCCUGACGCUGGCUCUCAAGCAGGCAAGCGAAGAAGCCGCCGCAAAGGCAAAGGAAAACACGCGCACCAAGUUGAAUGCGGUGUCUCCAUCGUCUACACAAGGCGCGGAACAGGCAGCGGCGGAGAUGACUACUUCUACUACUACUACUACAGGUGAGAAGAAGCCAGCUGUCAAAACGGAAGCAGAAGGUUUAAAGCCAGAAGAGGGAUCACAGUCAACAUUGAAGUCUGAAGAGAAGAGGGAGGGGGGAGGGCCCUCUCCUUCCCCGCUUCAGGAUGAUGCAGAGGAGAAAGAGAAACAAGAUGCCAAAGACACAGAUAGUGGCGAGAAAGAGGCAAGCAAUGAUGACAACAAGUAGGCCCUCGUGACAGCACGCAGUUGAAAAAAGGGAAGUGUGGAAUGGAAGUAUGUUGUAUGUGCACCAUGGACAUAUUCCUCAAACUAUUAUGUGCACAGGCGUACUCCGUAUUAUUCCUUUAAUUAAUAAUGAAUAUCAAAUGAUAACACUGGC